UUAUUUUGGGAUUAUGUAAAGGUAGGAUUAUUCUUGUCCCAAAUUGAAGAUCACCAUUCACUGAAUUCUUAAGCGCAUAGACUACCGGUGGGCGUUGCUCAAUUGGUAGUGCCACAAAGGUUAGGUCUCGGGUUCGAAUCCCGGCAACUGCAAUGGGGGUUACUAUGGUGAAAAAUGCAUAGAGCUUCUGCAAGUACCGGGGACAGAGCCUAACUCUCUAUUUGUCAGAUUGUAAUUAUAAUCCAAUUUAGAUUCUUCCAUCGUGCCGUAAGGUCGGUGUUUGGGGCCUUAGGAUGUGAUGGGGUGUCAUCUUUUUUUAAGCGCAUAGACCAUCACGAAUCCGAAUCUCGUUGUAACUGAGCUUUUCUACUUCUUGCUUGCUGCGUAGCUAUUUCUGUUUCUUGUGUGCAGAUUUGAAGUUUUUUCUACAUGUGAAAGUUUCUUCUAUCUGAAAGUACACAGUAAAGAGACUGCAGUGAGAAGUGGGAGAAAGAUCGUGGCUUUUCAGAUGGGUGAGGCUGAUGCUGACGGGGCUAACAAGAAAGUUGUUUUUGUGACUGUUGGAACUACAUCUUUUGAUGCUCUAGUCACUGCGGUGGAUACUCCUCAAGUCAAGAAUGAAUUGUUCAAGAAAGGCUAUACUGAUAUAAUUGUUCAAAUGGGUCGCGGAAACUAUGUUCCUGUAAAGUCUGCUAAAGAGAAUGGAUCCCCGGCUAUGGACUGUUUCACUUUCUCAUCAAGCAUUGCCGAAUAUCUGAAAUCAGCUUCUCUUGUUAUUAGCCAUGCAGGUUCAGGCAGCAUAUUUGAGACACUACGACUCGGGAAACCAUUGAUUGUAGUUGUGAAUGAGGAUUUGAUGGACAAUCAUCAAAGCGAGCUGGCAGAAGAACUCGCAGAAAGGAAGCAUUUGUUUUGUGCUCGGCCUCACACCCUUUAUCAAACGAUUGCAGAUAUGUGCUUAGAGUCUCUUCUUCCAUAUCAACCGGGUAAUGCUAAGCCAGUGGCAGAACUCAUUAGUAGGCAUCUUGGUUUCCUUGAAGAAUGAAUAAUCUGUUAUUUUCUUUCAGAAUUGGAACAUGUAGUUGGCAUAACUGUGAAAUCCUAAGAAAAGGGAGAGAUAGUUUCAAAUUUAGAGUUUGCUCCAAUAACAUCACCCACUCUUAAUUUGAGUUGCAACCACAGUUCAGAAUACACUUGGUAAUUGUUUGUUACAGGUGAAGAUGCUUACUAUUUGUAGUUACAUUGGUUAGUUUGCUGGUUUUAAUCAUGCAUCAUCCGGAUCUUGAUUUGUAAAAUAAAUGUAUGAAUAUUUCAGAAUUUUUCCAAAGUUCUUCGAAAGAUAUUUGUAGUUCACUCUUCUCCUUCA